UCUCUCUCUCCCUCUCCUCGUGUACCACCACCACCUCCACCACCAACCAACCCUCGAACCCUCUCGCCGAGUCAAAAUCCAAGCUCUGCCCACCCUCAAAAUCUCAUCUUUCUGCGUAGCGCUACGCACGAAUUGGAGGCUUUUUUUCUGUUGUUUCUUUGCUUGAGCGAUUCGGGGUCUCUGCGACCGCGUGUUCGUUCUGAGAGAGGGGGUUUUUGAGGCUUGUUCUUGGAGGAAAGGGGUUUGCGAGGUCCAAUUUGGGUCCGGAAUCGCCGUGCUCUGCGAGGGGGAGGGGGUUUGGAGAGGGAAAAGGUGGAUUUUUGCUCGACAUUUUGGUUGGGUUUGGUUUUUUCUGCGUUGGGGAUUGAUUUGAGGGGUCGGGGGGUCAAAACUCGAAACUUUGGUGGGUAGUUCGGUUCGGGUUGGAUGGUUGCGAGGAUGAUGCGGUGGCCGCGCCCGCCGGCGGCGCGCAAGUUCCGGGUCCGGCUGGUGGUGCGGCGGGCGGAGGGGCUCCGGGAGGCGGCGGCCCCCGUCGCGGCGGAGGCGGAGGGGGAGGCGGCCGCGGCGGCGACGAGGGUCGCGGCGGAGGUGAGGUGGAAGGGGCCCAAGGCGUCGUCGCCGCUGAGCUCGCUGCGCCGCGCGGUGCGGCGCAACCGCACGCGGGAGGCGGACGCGGACGCCUCCGGGGACGCGGCCGUGGCGGCCGCGUGGGAGGAGGAGUUCGAGAGCACCGUCACGCUCGCCGCCGCGUCGCACCGGGAGAGCGCCGCCUUCCAGCCGUGGGAGCUCGCCUUCUCCGUCUUCACUGCUGCCAAUAGAGGCCCAAAGAUCAAGCCAUCAAUUCUCGGAACUGCUUCCCUUAACCUAGCAGAUUAUGCAUCAGCCGCCGAGGAGAACAUUGAGAUAAUUCUCCCAUUGUCUGUGCCCAGUGGUUCACCUGAGUUAGCUCCGUCACUUCAUCUCACUCUGGGUAUGGUGGAGUUACGGGCAUUUCAGGAAGCAUCUGAUGCUUCACAACGGUCGGCUAUGGCCACUCCAUUAUCCCCAUCAUCUGGCGAUUCUGUUCCAGUAGGAAAAGAUGAGGUUUCAGUUAUCAGAGCAGGGUUGAGAAAGGUGAAAAUCCUCACUGAUCUGGUGUCGACACGACGGUCGAAGAAGACAUCCCAAGAUGAUGAAAGCAGUGAAGAUAAGUGCUAUGUUAACAGUGAUGGUGCUGAAUAUCCAUGUGACAUCGAGUCUCUUGAUGAUGAUUUGGAUGACACGGCACAGCAAGAUGAAGUUGGGGAUUCAACUGUUAGGAAGUCCUUCAGUUAUGGGUCACUGCAGUCUGUCAACUAUGUUGGCGGCCUAGUUUAUGCUCAUGCAAAGAUUGAUGGGGAGCAUGAGCACUGGGUCUAUUAUAGUCACAGCAAAUCUGAUGCUGGUUACCAUGUAGAGGAAAAGCCAUCAUCAACAGUUGAGGAAACCAUGCUGCCAACUGUAAAACGGAGUAUCCUUCCUUGGAGAAAGAGGAAGUUGAAUUUGCGAUCACUGAAGGCUAAAGGUGAGCCACUGUUGAAGAAGGCAUAUGGAGAUGAGGGAGGUGAUGAUAUUGACUACGAUCGACGUCUGCUAACAUCUUCUGAUGGAUCCGUUUCAGAGGGAUCAAGGGGUGAAGAUGGGUCAGUUAAUGGUAUGUUUUCAGAAUUUGGUGAUGACAACUUUGUUGUUGGGAAUUGGGAAUUGAAAGAGAUAGUUAGCCGUGAUGGUCAUAUGAAGCUUUCUUCCCAGGUUUUCUUUGCGUCAAUAGACCAAAGAAGUGAGCGGGUUGCUGGGGGCAGUGCUUGCACUGCACUUGUGGCCGUUAUUGCAGACUGGUUCCAGUCAAAUCAAGAUAUCAUGCCUAUACAAUCGCAAUUUGACAGCUUAAUCCGCGAAGGAUCAUUGGAGUGGAGAAACCUUUGCGAGAAUGUGACAUACCAAGAGCGUUUUCCUGACAAGCAUUUUGAUCUUGAAACUGUCCUUCAGGCCAAGAUCCGCCCCCUCACAGUCUCCUCUAGCAAGUCUUUUGUUGGAUUUUUCCUUCCCGAAGGUGCUGAUGACAUGAGUGGAUUUGAUUUCCUUGAUGACGCAAUGUCAUUUGAUAGCAUCUGGGAUGAGAUUAGCAAGGCAGCUGAGUACUCAUCAAGUGAUAACCCUAAUCUAUAUAUAGUGAGCUGGAAUGACCACUUUUUUGUGCUCAAGGUUGAGCGUGAUGCAUAUUACAUAAUUGACACCCUUGGAGAAAGACUCUAUGAAGGGUGCAACCAAGCCUACAUUUUGAAGUUUGACAACGACACCACGAUUCAUAAGUUACCUGAGAAAACUUCAUCUAGUCCUAACUCAAGUGGACCGCUGAAGGAUUCUUCGAGGAGCUCCUCGGCUGAGGACAGUGAAGAUGGCACUGAAGAGAACAUACUGGUUUCAAAGGGCAAGGAAUCAUGCAAGGAAUAUAUCAAAAGUUUCUUAGCAGCCAUCCCAAUCCGGGAACUACAGGUUGACAUCAAAAAAGGCCUGAUGGCAUCAACGCCAUUGCACCAACGCCUUCAAAUAGAGCUUCACUACACCGCAUCAUCCCGAAAGGAGAAUACCUCGGCACCUCAAAUUCUCACCAUCGAAGCCCCUUUUGAGUUCUCAUGGCCUGAGCCAACACCGGCAAUGGAAAUCGCCUUAGCACCGGCGGUCGCUGUUGUCUAGCUUCCUGAUGGCAAUCUGUGCUGUUCUCAACAUGAAGAUACUCUUCCUCAGUCCAAUGCAUGUAUACAUAGCUGAAGAUUUUGUGUCCUUUAUGUGUGCGCUCGUAUCCUGUCUAAUAUGAACUGACUACUAUAGGUUUUUCAUCCAGGCCUAGGAGCUUUCUGCCUGCUUUUUGUAUAAAUAGGUGUUUGCUCCUACAUAUUUUUCUCAAAGUGCCGGAGUUGUAACUAUCAAGAACCUUGUAUUACUAAUCAAUGAGUAAUGGACUUGUUAACUAAGUUUUGGACGUGUUACUAUGUUAUUGCAUAGAUGAGCUCUUAACAGAGCAU